CCGCCUCGCACCGCCGCCAUCGCCCCCAAUCUCCCCCGUGGCCCUCUCCUCCUCCUCCAAUGAGCCAACACUUUAUCCCGCCGGUCAAUUUCGGCCACGUUGACGAGGGGAUCUACCGGUCCGGCCUGGCGACGGAGGCCAAUUUCCCUUUCCUGGCGACCCUCAAUCUGAGGGCGGUCAUCUACCUGUCCUCCGACGAGCCGCCCCUGUCCUUCCGCACCUUCCUGUCCGACCGCCAGAUCCAGUUCCUUCCGCUGUGCAAUGAGUCGCACCCCUGGUCGUCAUCAUUGCCACAUAGGCCGGGCCCUGAGCUCGCCGGGGCCGGGAACCCCGGGCUCAUGUUGCCUGGUCAGGUGCCCCGCCGGCCUGGAGGCAUCCCCGGCGACCUGGGCGCCGGUGCCUCGUCGAUGCCUGUGGCGGGCCCGACGGGCACCGCCUCGCCACCGAUGGCCAGCACCACUGGAACCGAUGAUAUGGAGCCGCCGCUGGCAGAUCACCCGCCGGCGCACCCGCCUGGCACGCCGGCACAGCCCCCGCCGGCUGCCAUCCCGGCCACCGGGCCCACCAGUGUCGACAUCGGUCCCGACAGCUUCCUCCGGUUGAGCCUGCAGAAUGACCACCUCCGGCAGCGGGCUCCCUCGACCUCCAAUUCGGAUCCUCCCCCCGAGGAGGUCGUGGUCCAGGCCUUGGCCUUUCUCCUGCGGCCGGAGUCCCGCCCGGUCCUGCUGAUGUGCCAGCCGGGCCGGCACCGGACCGGCGCCGUGGUGGCCUGCCUGCGCAAGGUCCAGCGGUGGAACCUGACCAGCAUCCUGGAGGAGUAUCGUCGGUAUGCCGGGGCCCGGGUCCGGCCGUUGCAUGAGCAGUUCAUCGAGCUCUUCGACACGGAUCUCAUCAGCGCCCCGGCCCCGGCUCUGGGGCUCCUGGAAGGGACCACAUCCCACGGGGGCGGGUCUCCGCCAGCCAGUGCCUCCUCCCCGCCGACCCUCGGCAAAUAAUCAGAUCGCCU